GGGAAGGGUACAGCUACACUUAAGCUAGUUGUAUGUAGGCCCACAUAAAUUGCACUUGCAUAAUUUUUGGCAUAAUUUAGAAAAACGCGCAUAAAGUUUGGUCUUUUUACAAAAGUAGCAUUGCUAGCAUUAUCAGCAUAUUUUCAUUUUUUUUAUUUUUUUGAAGAGAACAUUACCAAAGUCAUGACUUGUUUGGUCUCUAAGACUGACUGUUUGCGAGUUCGUUCCACAAUAACUAUUCGAAGUCGUUCGUCCUCUAGAGGACUGGGCACAACAGUCCUAGUUCCCGCUUUUACUGAAAUAAUAAAAUGACGUCAAAAGAAAAGUAGUGCUAACAUCGUACAUUGGAAUUAAGUGUAGCAGUUAAUUGUGUUUGAUUAGAGCAAGCAUGUGACUCAAAAUAAAGAAGAAUCAUGCUUUAUUAAAAACAAGUAUAAAGUAUGGAAUUAUUUCUGUUCCUUUUUUCGGAAAGCAUCCUUCGUAAGAAGUACCAUAAUUUUAAAAAACGAGGGUAAAUUAGGAAAAAAUAGAGCAAUGCUAGUAGCAUAAUAUGCUACUUUUACUGGUACAAUCUUUCAGGGCCUAAAUGCGUGAUAUCUCGAACCACGGCUGCGAAGAAGACUUAAAACAAACUUUUUUUUUAAUGCGUCCUCUAUUAUUUCAUUUACAACAGGCUCGGUCAGGACGGAUCUAUGACGCUGUUUUAACUGUCGCCAGGGCUAUCGAAAAAAUUCUUUCGGAGAACAAAUCACUCUCGCAGCCUCCUGUUGGCAAUGGACUGUGCAGAUCUGAUAAACCGUGGAUAGACGGAGAGAUGCUUCUGAACUACAUGAAAGGGGUUAGAUUUAUUCUUCAAAUCGAAUAAAUAAUUUUUUGAAAGAGGAAAAACUUGAUUUUGAGCACGUGAUCUUUGCAGAGCUUUCGUUUGCCAAAAUGGAAAUUAAAAGUUAGAUUAGAAUCAAGCAACCUUAUUCCAAUCCGUCCUUCCGAAAAAAAAAGAAAGAUUUUACAAUAAAUUGAGGUUUUAAAAUUUUUUUUUAUUAGGUAACCACUUGGUGUUUCGGUGCGCAUUCUCAGUGUUCUGUGCAUAGUUGUUCUCGCACUCAAUUACGCCACGUAACGACUUUUUAUCUAAGGGGAGGGGGGAUGACGCAGAUGACUUGUUCUCUUAGGGAAGGGGGGAUGACGCAGUGACUAGUGUGCUCGCCCAAAACGCUGCUGCCCAGGUUCGAUUCCCAGAGCUGGCGUCACAUGCGGGUUGAAUUUGUGGUUGGUUCUUGACUAGUCUUCCUCUUUCUGCAGUAAAAGAAAGGUCGGUGAACAUGUCUGAAUUUUUGCAAAAUUGAUCCGUAAUAUUUCUCUCCUUCCUCAUGGAAGGUUUUCCACAACUUUCCAAAGGAGUUUUGAUCCCCUUUGUAGGAGACGUUUGUUUCUAGCCUGAGCCAAACUCUAUAAUCGCACUCGAUUUUCGCCUUUGCAAUGCGCGUGCAUGUCGGUUUAUCGUGAUCUAACCAAUACCGGAGAAGCGAUACGGUAGCUCGUUACAUUAUUAGUCUUUAGAAUAAUUUUUUUCCUUCUCCUUUAAGGUAAACGCUUCGGGAGUUAUGAACAAUAUUAACUUUCGUAGGACUGGAUCACCAGGGAAAACUGCGUACGAUGUGGUUAAUUUUCAGACUGAUGACAAAUGGGUUGAGGUAGGGGUUUUUUUUUUUUUUUCGAAAAGAAGGCUAUUUCAUUAUUGUUAAUACGUUAUCUCUAAACUUAAGGUAACUUUACGAGCUAAAAAAGUUGAUUUUUCUUGUAGCUGUAUUUCAUUCAAGAUCAAGAUAUACUGAGAGUUUUGGAGUUGAAACAUAAGAAAGAUCGGGGAAAAAAAUUACCCUGUUUUGGACUAAGAUCCGCUCAAUUAUUCCACAGAGUUCGUUUUAAAAACGUUAACCAGGACUUUCGAGAAAUAGACCUCAGGUUUCUCAAGACUUUUAAAACGCACUACGUGCGUUGUACGGAUGAUUCAAGUUGUCAUGGAAUUUUCUUGAUACGCUAUCUUGAUCUCUUGAUUCCAAAUUGGAAGUAAUGUAAAACUAACUUUUACUUUCAACUUCGCCUUUUGAAUGUCGAAUUUGAUUUCGUUUUUCUGAAUAUGGCAGGUAGGAGACUUUCAAUGGAGCCCCAGGCCGCGGUUAAAAAUGAACAAAAAAAGACCGAUUGUAUGGUUAGAUGGAAACCUCGAUGUACCAAAGCUGGCAAGUCUUGAGCUAAAAUACAGCAGAAUCAAAGUGCUAAUCGCCCUGGUAUGUUUAAAAGCAUUCAAAUCAGCCAAGUUUCCUUUUUGAUAGCAUUCUAUGGCCUUUUUAGUUCGAGUUUGGUUUACAACUCUAUUUGCCGUUAAUUAGAACUUGAAGCCACUCACGCACAUUUUCAGUAAUUUAAUUUCAGUCAGUUCAGACUCCUCAAUAUUUCCAAACGUCUUUCUUCUCCCUCGGCGGUUCGAGUUCCUAAAGAUUUCUUUGUUUAGUUAGACGAUUUUAGGAGGAUCACAUGAUUUCAGAGGAUGUAAGUGGGGUAUAUAGAAGAUUGGCCCCCAAUGAGAGGAGAUCAUCAGAAUACUACAGAAUGUUGGGGGGGGGUUAGAGUUUAUUGUGGCACAAUCAAAAUGCUACAAUCAAUUCGUGAAAAUGUAAACAGAUAACUAGAUAAAAAAAAAUGAAUACAUGAAAAUAAAAAAAAAAAUUGGGACGACAAGGAAGACUAUACAAAGGACUACUCAGCAAUAUUAGAAGAUCUCAUAUCUCCCGGAAAACGCGACAGUUAGUUAUUGUCCCAAAUCCAAGUAAUCGUACAAAUCGUCACGAUAUAUAUUGUUUUGAAAGAGAUGAUAACGAUUACAUGGAAACUGGGCUUAACGGAGCUGUAAAACAAACGUUGAUGCUAUUCAAUUUAAAUGUGCUCUUCAGAGUCCGCCGUUCGUAAUGAAAAAAGAAAAUUCCACGAACAGUAAUUCAGAUGUAGAAUACGAGGGAUUCUGUAUUGACUUAUUAGACGAGCUGAAGAAGAAAUUACAAUUUGAAUAUCAUCUGGAACUGAGAGAUAACUUUGGUGACCAGCAGAGUGAUGGUACUUGGAGUGGAAUUAUUGGGGAGCUGACAAGAAAGGUGAAAUGUGUAAGAGUGUGUAAUCGUUUAUAGCGGCGAUGCAUUUACCGACCUCGGCAAGCUUUCAGGAAACUACUUAAAUACAACGCUUUUCUAAAUAACUAAAACAUUCCAUUUUGCCGUGCGUCAGUUUAAUAUUAGAUCAUAGAUAAUGUCGUGGACCACAGUCAUAGUGCCGCUCAACACCCGGGAGUGUAAAUAGGAACUAGUGCACUGUCAAGGAGUCAGUCCUGAAAGAAUGCUAGGGGAGGAGGGGUGGGAGAAAUAGCGUGUUAUGUACUGCAUCCCAUCUAGGGGUGAGAGCAAAACAUAUUCGCUACGUUACACAAACUGGGAUAAGUUCCAGCUGGAUGGGCCUCUUGGCUGAAGAGUGCAAAUUGUACACAUCUACGUACCCUAUAUAAAGCUUCUAUGUUGCUUUAAUGGUGAAAAUUCUGCGAUGUCUCUUUACCAACUGACCAUUUACUCUCCACAGAAAGCUCAACUGGCUGUGUCCACUAUAAUCAUCAGCCCUGAACGCGAAAAAGCGGUGGACUUUACACAACCUUACUACAGUCUGGGAUUCAAGAUAGUUAUGAAGAAAACAGACAUGGAAAACAAGGUGAAUACCUGGGGAUUUUUAGAUCCUUUUGAGAAGACUUUGUGGAUUGCCAUCAUCAGCUCAUCAGUGAUCAUAGGAACUGUGGUUUGGAUCUAUGACCGACUGAGCCCGUAUGGCUACUAUGGCAAGGUGGUACAAUCAGCGGAAGUCAGCAGCGAGGAAGCGCUUGCGAAGAAUACCCUCUCGGUAUUUCAUUCAUUCUGGGCAGCGGUUGCCUCUUAUCUAGAGCAGACUCCAGAUAACCUGCACCCGAUUUCUCAAUCUGGUAGAGCGACUACAUUAGCUUGGUAAGAUAGGGCACGUGUUUACGAAACGAGGGUGUAACCCAAGACAAAUUAUGUAUAAAAGCAACUAUUUUAUGAUACUGGUAUUUUAUGUUGGACUCUUUGAUCAUGACAUUUAGUUCUAUUACACGGGAAAGAAUUAAAUCUUGACCAAUCCUUCCUUGAUUUAGAUUUAACUUUUGUCACUUUGCUGUAUGACAACAUUGUGCUCCAACAAUAAGCCAAUCCUCACAGAAUAUUUCCCUUGGAAAACAAAUCAAUGAGCCUCCAGAACGCUUAUUGAUGGUACAUAUAUUUAUUCAAUGAGCAAGAUAAUACAAUUACUCUUAUUGGUCAAAAACCUAUCGUUUAUUGCAUUGGUAAACCCAUAGAAAACUCAAGUUCAUUUUUGAUAAAUAAUAUGUCGUCUUUUUUAUUAGUUUACCGCCUCCGGCUCGUAAUUUACAAACUUUUCUCUUGUUCUCCCGAUAUCCCGCGUGGUUUAUUACGCCGGUAAACCGGUAGAAAGUGCGGUCCAUUGCUUAAAUAAUAAUCUGCGUUCCCGGUGCUUUUAUCAAGUGGUCGUUGAGAUAACAAAAAUUAAUGAUCGUCUUCUCAAACCUUUAUUGCUUCAGGUGGUUUGCUAUUUCCAUAUUUGGUGCCACUUAUACCGCUAACCUGGCUGCGUUCCUGACCAUCAACAAAUAUGAAAAUCCAAUCACGAACAUUGAAGAUCUGGCCAAUCAGAACAAAGUAAAAUUUGGAACCGCGCGUGGUCAGCUGGCUACAAUGCUCAAGUAUGAACAGCUAGUAAUAUACCUAUUGAGAACGGUGUAGUUCAUGUUAAACACUUACAGAUGGUGCUGGGCAUUUCAUUCUUUACAAAAUUGAAAGCUAUUUUGUUGAACUAAUUAAGCCCAUUUCUCAUAUAUUCAGUCCCCCCCUCCCCCCUCCCCCACCCUCCCGGUCCAUCAGCCGGUGGAAUUUUUGUCGAUUUGUCUGGCACAAGAACCAGCGAGUACAGUUACAGUGCGUUCAUUGCAAGCGCUUGUAAAAUUACUCGUGUACACAUGAGAGUUUUUGUAGGGAGUCAUUGUAUAUUCAGAAGGUUCUGCUGCUACAAAAGGGGCGCCCUUUCUUAUUUCAUGUAUUUAGUUUCUUUUUAACUUGAUGGUUAACAAACAGUCAAAUGCUAGUUCAAAAUAAAAGAAGAAUGAUACGAAGUUUGAAUUGCCAUGCCUUUCCAACUCCUCUAAAAGAUUCCAAUCAUGCUUAAACCCAACUCGUUGCUCGCAAAGCAUCAUAAAAUGAGAAGCUAAUCGCCUAGCAACGAGUAGCAAGAACUAAAAAAGUUUUGCGUAGGGGAGACUCUCUCUUUUUCUCAGAUGUCAGUGAACUAAAUAAACCAACAUUGCCUUAUUUCCUUUUCCUAGAGAGGCUAAGCUCCCAGUCUACGAGAAACUAUGGGAUUUCAUCGAGCGUCAUGGAACACUGGAAAAGAAUCAUACAGCUGGGAUUGAAAAAGUGCGAAACACAGAAAAUUAUGCCUUCAUUUGGGACUCGGCAGUACUUGAAUAUGACGUGCAACAAGAACCGUGUAACACACUGACUCUUAUCGAAAGGUAAAUAUGGAAAUUUCUUAGGUUGAACAUGGUUGUGUCAUGGCGCUUUCCAAUCAGUAUGCAAACACAGAGGUCUAAUAUAGGGCAUGCGCAAGUGGAUCAAUUCUGAGUACUCCCGUUCCCCCCUUCCCACUCCUUCUAUUUAAUCUAAGAAUUGUCUCUAUUAAAUCUAUUUUGAUCCAUCUUCCACAGACCGUUUGGUAGUAUCAACUAUGGCUUCGCUCUCCCUCGCAAUUCACUUUACACUCAUAACUUUAGUGUAGCCAUGUUGGAGUUGCAGCAAGAUGGCUUCUUACAGCGCAUGAAAGAGAAAUGGUUUAAAAGCCGCAGCGUGUGCGGUGCAGAGACACAGGCAGCCCAGGAAGCUGCUGAGGAGGGCGGUGACCAGCUUCAGUUUAGUGACUUGGCUGGGGUGUUCAUCACCCUUGUAGUGGGCGUGGCUGCUGGGUUGAUUGUCCUGUCCAUGGAACUGAUUUAUGCGUCUUACAAAGACACCCAGUCUAAAGAUGGCGAGGUGGGUACUGAUUGGUUUCAGUUCUCGAAUAUAAUAUCACGGUUAUAAAAAAUCUGCUAUAUCGUUUACUUUGCGCUCUUAACAGUUCACAUUACGUUAUAAACUAAUAAUAAGCCUUUUUCUUCGUUGUUCGCUGCAAGAUUAUUUUUACGUCUCCCAUCAGUUACGUCACACCUUAAUGGUGCACCCCCUCCAGCCUUUUUUCGACUCCCUUUGCGUCAUUCGUUAUUUGAGUUCGAUAACCUACAUGCAGCGAAGGUUUGUUUGCAAUAUCGGUGCAUGAGAUCUGUCUUUCCUCUUCUGAUAAUUAUAUCAGGCUCAGAUAUCAUCAAACCCUUUAGGAGUGGAGAGGGGCUUGGCAUUCCAGAAGUUCUGUAAAGAACACUUGAGUCAUUGUUAAUGCAGGAACAUAAGUUUAACUUUUUCUUUACACUCAUUAGGCACCAAACACACUAUGUGCAGCUCUUUGGCGAAGGUUGCAUCGAACUUAUAAGGGAUUCCACGAUCUCCACAAACGUGACGAGGGAGAAAAGCAGAAGGAAGAGGACCUGGCUAUGUCUGAGGGCCUCCUACUUCCCAGCGCUCUAGAAACGCAAAAUAUUUGAUUAUAUUCAAACUUGAGCCAGGAUGUUUUGACCGAGAGGCUUAGCAUGUGUGUGUGGAACUUUACAAGGCUCAUGAGGAAUUUAUGUAACUGUUAGACUUUAGAUGAAGGCAUGUACUUGUUUAAGAUAGCUUAGAGUCGGUUUUCCCUUAGCUUAAUGCUCCAUUUUUACUUUAAUAUAGCUAGGCUUCUCAUUAUAUGUUUAUCUGCUAUGCAUAAGACUCAUCUGGGAUAGGAAAGCUGAAGGAGACUCUCAUGUAAAAAUGGAGCAGAGAUGAAAUACAGGCUAUCACGGUGAUCCUAUAAUUAUUAUUAACAGUUUAAGAGAAUUAAUGAUAAUUUCCUCAAUCAUCCUUGAAGUGAGAUAUUUCAGCUUAAAGUAGUCACAGAUAGGUCUUUCUUAGUUAUUACUAAGGAUUUUGACUACCAUUCUUGCCAUUUUCAUGCGGAAGUCUUUUUUGUCAAGGGACCAAAUUUACUCAAGAAUGAGUCCCUUGUUAAAACUAAUUUGUUGCAGAUCAUAUGUAACAUUACAAGUUACCGUGUCCAGUAGGAUUGUUAUAUAUUGGAGACUAGACUGUGAAUGCUAUAGAUAGGACACUUAACUGCAAGAAAAUUUUAAAAAUUUGUCAGCUAAGGAAUUUGGUCAAAUGUAAACUAAAUAUUUUCAGCGGCGAAUCCAGG